CAGUGCACUAAGCUCAUCAACCCGGCGAUGAACCGUGGCCUGCCGCUGAACCUCGCUGCGAUGGAUCCCUCUCACAACUACUUCGCUAAGGGCAUCGACGUCCAUGCCACGGCAUACGUUGGCGUGCUUGGGUACCUCACCAACCCCGUCUCGACGCAUGCCCAGUCGGUGGAGAUGCACAACCAAGCAGUCAACUCUCUUGCGCUCAUCUCUGCCCGGGCGACGCUCAACUCCCUUGAUGUCCUCUCUCUCCUCACGUCGAGCUACCUCUACGCCCUCUGCCAGGCGCUUGACCUCUGCGCGCUGCUGCACGAGUUCCAGCUCGAGGUCGACGACAUCCUCCGCGAGCGGCUCUAG